GAAUUGAUGAGCUUCGGUUAUUGAAUCUCGUAAGAUUUCGAUGAAGGUUUAUGUAUAUGUAAAUAUGGGACUUCGAUUCUCCUUGGAUCGAAUCUAAUUUAAUAGCUACUGGGGCAUGCCUAUGUUUUCUAUGGUCAAAUUUCUCAGGGAAGUAGUCUCCACGAUAAUGAGAACUGGAAAAGAUUAUGCUUGAACCAUUGUGAUAUAUUUUGGUGUCAUAUAAAAUGGAAGAUGAGAAUGGGCUUGAGCUUAGCUUGGGUUUAUCCUGUGGUGGAUUGUCUGCUAAGUCGAAGGGUAAAAAUGGUAGCUCCUCAGAUACUAGGACAGAAGAGGGUGAUAAAGGGAACAAAUUAGUGGAUGAUUUUAAGAACUUUCUCCAUACUGGCACACAGAAGCAAGACUCAAGUACUGGAUCUCAGAGAAAUGAUUCUGUAAAGGUUCAGGAAAACUUUUUUAAUGACCUUUCCAAGAACAAUACUGAAGGAGAUUCUUCUAUGAACUUGAAUGGGAGAGGAGUCUGGGCUGCAAACAGUAACAAGUCUGCCGAAUUGGAGGAGGAAAAGCGGCGAGAGGCAGGUAGCAAGCGUAAGAUGUUGUUUGAUGAGAUAAACCAUCAAAAGAAGCAGGAGAGAGAAGCUCAUGCUGAUUUACAUGACAAGACGAGAACAUCACACAUUUCCAUAACAACAGAAGAUGGCUCAACUGCUGAAAAUGAAGAUGUUGCAGAGUCUGAAGUUGAGGGUUCAACCUCAAAGCUUGUUUCACAACAUGAUGAUGGCCCCAAACGAUUCUUUGGAGUUGUUGGUUCUUCUGAGGUUUCAAAGGAGGGUCGUGGGUAUGCUGAUUCAAGUGUUGUGGACUUAAAUGGGCAAAAGAGGCUUAACAGUACAUCAGAAAAUGAAUUUAAGCAUGGCAAUGUGACCUAUGGUGUUCCUUUCUCAAUUCAAUCCGUAAACAUGAUGAAUGUGCCUUACUCUUUACAUGUGAAGGAGUCAAACUCCAUUGGUGUACCCAGCAUGUCAGGCCAACCGCCCCCUGGAAUGAUGCAAGUGAUGCCUUCUGCAAGUAGUGAACGAUCAGGGGCACAGAGUGUGAAUCCUGGAAACUUGCCACUAAUGUUUGGCUAUUCACCAGUCCAGCUUCCAUUGUUGGAUAAGGAUAACUCCUGGGGUUUGGUUUCUCAACCUCAACAGUUCCACCCUUCCUAUACUGGUAGAGGUCCACCAAACUCAGGGAUAGCACCAAAUUCAUCAGAGGCUACACAAUUUGAUGGGAGGACAUUAGAACGGGCCAAAGGUGAUGGCAAACAGCAUGGCCCUGAAGAAGGCUCCUCUUCUCAGGUAGAAGAAGAAGUGAAAGGGAGUAGCACAAACCUAAGGGCAAAAGAUGCGUCUGACCGUUCAACAGCAGAUGCUUUUUCUCUCAACUUUUCAUCUAUAAAGCCGGGCAUUGCACCAGACGUGAAAUUUGGGGGAUGUGGCUCUUACCCAAACCUACCAUGGGUUUCAACCACAGGCCCAACUGGUAGGACGAUUUCUGGUGUUACCUACAGAUACAGCACAAACGAAAUUAAGAUUGUGUGUGCUUGCCAUGGUUCCCAUAUGUCCCCUGAAGAGUUUGUUCGGCAUGCUGGUGAAGAGCAUGUUAAUCCAGAAAAUGGCACUAGUGUGGUGACAGUUCCUAGUAGCAACCCUUCUGCCUCUGCUCAGAGCUGAUUAUGUACCAUUAUGUUUAACUAGACUAAUAAUUCUUGACAUUUAUGAGGAAAAAAACCUGGCUAUGGUUUUGUCUCCUCCUGUGAGAUUCCUCCUUUUUCGUAUUGUACUUGAUUAGAGAUAUUUUGUCUUCCUUUUAUCAGUUGGCAUAGCUACUGCAAUCAAAUAUUGCAGGUGUUUUGAAAUAA